GGAACGCGGCCCCCGCCGCUGUCCAGCUGCUCUGCGCCUUUCGCGCCCGGAGCGCCGCCACCGCUGUCGCCGCCGCCUCUCCGGGAAACUCAGCCACUCGCUCGCCAUGAACACUCCUAGGGUCCUGCUCUCCGCAAUCUUCCUCAUCAGCUUCCUCUGGGAUUUGCCGUGUUUCCAACAGGCUUCCAUCUCCUCGUCCUCCUCCACCGAACUGGACUCCACCAAAGAGGCGAGGAGCCGCAAAGAAGGGAAGAUGCCGCGGACGCCACAAGAGAGUGUGGAGGGCCGGACGUCCCAGGAGCAUCAACCGCGGCACAGUGAACCCCGGCGGCCGCCUGGACAGUCUCAGGGGCAGGAGCCUCCGAGCAGGGGACCGCGCGUGGUGCCCCACGAGUACAUGCUGUCAAUCUACAGGACUUACUCCAUUGCCGAGAAGCUGGGCAUCAAUGCCAGCUUUUUCCAGUCUUCCAAGUCAGCUAAUACGAUCACUAGCUUUAUAGACAGAGGACUGGACGAUCUCUCGCACACUCCUCUCCGGAGACAGAAGUAUUUGUUUGAUGUGUCCACGCUCUCAGACAAAGAAGAGUUGGUGGGCGCAGAGCUGAGGCUUUAUCGCCAGGCGCCCCCAGCGCCCUGGGGGCAACCAGCCCGACCGCUGCACGUGCAGCUCUUCCCCUGCCUGUCCUCACUGCUACUGGACGCCAGGACCCUGGAUCUUCAGGGGUCAACCCAGGCCGGCUGGGAAGUCUUCGACGUGUGGCAGAGCCUGCGCCCUCAGCCGUGGAAGCAGUUGUGCUUGGAGUUGCGGGCAACCUGGGGCGAGCUGAACGCCGGGGAUGCCGAGGCGCGCGCGAGGAGUCACCAGCAGCCACCGCCCCUGGACCUGCGGAGUCUGGGCUUCGGCCGGAGGGUGCGGCCGCCCCAGGAGCGCGCCCUGCUCGUCGUGUUCACGAGAUCCCAGCGCAAGAACCUGUUCGCCGAGAUGCGCGAGCAACUGGACUCUGCUGAGGCUGCGGGAGCCGAGGGGUCAUGGCCAGGGCCGUCGGGCGCCCCAGACGCCGGGCCUUGGCUGCCCUCGCCCGGCCGUAGGCGGCGACGCACCGCCUUCGCCAGCCGCCACGGCAAGCGACAUGGCAAGAAGUCCAGGCUGCGCUGCAGCAGAAAGCCCCUGCAUGUGAAUUUCAAGGAGUUAGGCUGGGACGACUGGAUUAUCGCGCCCCUAGAGUACGAGGCCUAUCACUGCGAGGGCGUGUGCGACUUCCCGCUGCGUUCGCACCUGGAACCCACUAACCACGCCAUCAUCCAGACACUGAUGAACUCCAUGGACCCGGGCUCCACCCCGCCCAGCUGUUGCGUUCCUACUAAAUUGACUCCCAUCAGCAUCCUGUACAUCGACGCGGGCAAUAACGUGGUCUACAAACAGUAUGAGGACAUGGUGGUGGAGUCCUGUGGCUGCAGGUAGCGGUGCUAUCCGUGCCUGGGCCAGGGACCAUGGAGGGAGGCCUGACUGCUGAGAGGCAGAGCAGGAGCUGGCCUGGAAGAGGUCACAAGUGGGGGAACAGCAUAGAAGGAGGAGCAGUGGGAGAGGAGGCAGCCCAGCUCUCCCAGAACCUUCCACUCGCCAACCCAGAAGCAGCUAAGGGUUUUCACACUUUGCCUGGCCACCCUGGAAAGACUAGACCAAGAUUCUUUCUUUUUCUUUUCUUUAUUAUUGUGGCUUUGGGUUUUCUUGCGCCUCCUUGGUUUUGAUAGAUGGAAGGAGGAAAGAUGCCUAUCUGUUCACAAGUGCUCCUUGGAUUGGGGGGAAGGGGAAGGGAAACAUCUCAGACUGGUUGUGUCUUCCUGUCUACGAAAGUGUGGGUCGUUGGGCCUUUCCAGCCUAGUCAUAGCUGACACCCUUGGCUUCUGCACGGGAAGUUUUAGCGGAGUUGGCCAAAGGAAUACGGGAGUCAGGAGGGGUCUUGCCCUCAGAGAAGCCUCUCUCCCUUGUGCAUUCCCAUGCAUUUAUCAGCUCUGCCCUGGCCUCAACCAGCACAGGGAACUGGUUGUUGCCGCCACUGUGGACUCAGGUCUCCGGAUGCCUUUACUGUUGCUGGUGGGGAAAGCAGUUGGUAUGGAUGGAAUGACUGGAAUUAGUCCCUGUGGAACCCCGUGAAGGAUAAUGAGAAACCACAAGGCCUAGCUCUGACCGGGUGACAGGGAGGUGAGGUACAGUACCCAAGGGCUACACGCAGCCCACCCCAAAGAUCAUCAUGUCUGUUUCUCAUUGAUUUCUCUAAACAGAAUUUGUCAAAAUUCCAGCUCCUCCUUCUAAGGUGAAGACUUUUUAUUUUUAUUUUUUUUAAUGAUGAGGGGUGAGAACUCUAUAAUUAAGGUAAGAAGGAAAGGGGAGGAGGAAAGGACCUAAAAAGUGGAAGGGCCCUGUCAGGAGGGGAGAAGAUGGCCCCACAGGAGGAUCGAGAUAAAGGGCCAGGCCCCAAGCAGGAUGAAAAGUCCAGGAGCCUCUGCCUCUGAAGUUUCUAAAAAUUAAGACCCCCCUCCCCUCUUUUUGGCAUUCCUGAGAGAUUACCAGGCAGCAAUAGCCCAGGGCUCCCCCUAGAGAAUUGUUUUAGAUUGUAAUUACCAGUUAGGUGGUGUUUUUAAACGUAGUAAUGAGAUACUGUGAAGAGUCAAGUGUUACAUUGAGUUUGGGGUGGAAACUGGGGUUCAGGCAUCAAGGAAAGGAAGCAGGAGAGAACACCCAGGAAAAUAUCUGUUCCCGGGGUAGUCAAGACCUAGAGCCUUUCCUCAGUCUGGACCAGAAUUAUUUUCAAACACUACCCAUGCAGAGGCCAUUUGACAAGAAAGCUUCCUCAGCCUUGCUUUCAGAAUAGUUUAAAGCCAGGAAGGUGUGUUAAUGUUUGCAGAAUGUUUGGGGGGUAUCUCGAUUGGCUUGUUCUCUCUCUGCCUAAAUCUGUUGCUUGUCUGGUUCGGAGAUCUACAGACUGUCAAGGAAAGGGUGGAAAUAGUAAUACAUGCUAAUAUAAAAUGGUAAGAGAGAAGAGACAAGACUUGUCCAGGAGAAAUAACUUAAAUGCACAUUUGCUUUGGAUGCACUGUUGUUCUGUUGAGGCUGUAUAUAUUUGUUUAUUUAAGAUGACUAAAAGUGCAAAGAGAUAACAUGCAAUCAUCUUAAUGUACAAAACGUUAUAUGCACUCAAAUGUUAUAAUUUCUAAUAUUUUUAAAGUUUAUAUUCGAGUUGUACAAAGUUAAGCAUUAAUCAGAUAUUUCAUUCUUUCAUAAUGUUAUCGUUUUCUUAAAUAUUAUUACAAAAUUUUAAGUCUGUCUAAUGGAGAGUUUUUUUGAAACUGUCUACCUCACUAUAAUACAAAUUUUGACAACACUAAAGUUACCAGAGGUCGAGUGAUAGUCAAAACAUUUUUAUGGUAUACUUUCUUGGAUGAUACAGAAUAUGGUUAAUAACAUCUUAUUAAACUCAUUUUCCCCUUAAUAACUCAGCCUGGUUUAUGUGGAUCUAUAGAAACCAUUUUCUAAAGGAAUUAUUGUCCACAGUGUUUUGUUCCAGUACCAGACAAUUUGAAGA